UUAGCAAUUGAAUUCACAAUUCAUCACAUCUCUUCGCUUUCUCUCUCUACACUGAAUUUUUUUCCACUAUGUCCACUCCAUUCACACCGCCGCCGCCGGCGAUACCUCACUCGCCAUCUUCUUCCUCCGCCUCCGCCUCGAUUAUGAUUAUCAUCAUUAUCAUCGCUUCCGCCAUCAUCAUCUCCGCCUCCAUCUACCUCCUUCUCCGACUAAUCUCGAAGCGCUUCUCCACCGCCGACGACGUCGUCGUCUCCUCCAACCGCCGCGUCGCGCCGAGCGAUCUCCUCCACUCCCUCCCGCUCUUCACCUUCCGAUCCGUCGCGAGGAACCUCAACAGCGGCGGCGGCGAUUGCGCCGUCUGCCUCUCCAAAUUCGAAUCGCGCGAUCAGCUCCGCCUCCUGCCGCUCUGCUGUCACGCCUUCCACGCCGCCUGCAUAGACAAGUGGAUCGCAUCCAAUCAGACGUGUCCGCUCUGCAGGUCCACCGUGUUCCCCUCCGCCUGCGACGCACUCGAUAAAAUCCUAUCCACCGGCAAUUUGAGCAACGGAAGCUUCCGCGUUGAAUUCGGCAGCAUCAGUCUCCGCCGCGACGGAGCAUCGGAGGAAUUACCGCCGCCGCGAACGUACUCGCUAGGGUUGUACGAUUACACCGCCGACGAUUAUCUAUACGAGGUGGCGGUAGGGUGCACGACUACUCAUCGGAGAGAAUAUUCCGAUUUCAAGGAUUCGUCGGCGGAAGAGGAGGUUUCCGGCGGGAGGAGGAGCUGGCUGGCGGAAUACGUGGAGAGGCUCGCAUCAAUGUCGUUUAGGAGCUCGGGGAGGUUUUUCGGAGGGAGCAGCCGCCGCAGCGAGGCGGCCGUGGUGCCGGAGGAUUUGGAGGCGAAUCGCGCCGGAGAGGAAAUAAGUGAAAUAUUUAGGUGGAUUUCUGGAAUUUAAUUAAUUGUAUAAUAUUUUUGAUUUUGAGAAAUUGAUUUGUGGUAAUUGAUGAAUUGACACUAGUUUCAUUUCA